UUUCUAUUCGGCGUUGAGUAAACGAACGUAGACAGACAUAGUGCGUUAAGAGCAAUAGGAGAAAAGAGCACGAAAAUGGAAGCGUGGGCUGAUUAAACGUACAAGAAGAAUUAGGAUAUCAAAGGACAGAAUAGAGAACAAUAAAGACUUGGCUAAGAAGGAGAAGAAUUGAAAAUAGAAGAACAAUACUUUUGGGAUAAGCAUAUAAUAGCAGAAGAUAUCUGCUCGAUAUCUGUUGGACUUGACUAUCAAACGCAUCUAAUUCUAAGAUGACCGGAAAGAAGCAAUUCGCCGUUUUCUUCUGCAUCGCAAUCAUCUUGAAUGUACUGCAGACAUCAGAGGCAGAUAAUAGUCUGUUCUUCCCGUAUGGAUUAAGUGAGGGGGACGCCUUCCUAAUCGAAAAUGAUGAUGGAUCAACUCUUCGGCGACUGAUCUCCGUCGUUUUUCCGUUCUUUGAUUACGAACAUAGAAGUCUAUUCGUCAACACUAACGGGGUCAUCUCGUUCUUGGAUGCCGUUUCACAAUACACACCGGAUACUUUCCCACUUGGGGAUGGCCGACGACUUCUCACACCAUUCUGGGGCGAUGUCGACACGAGGAAUGGCGGUGCUAUUUCCUAUCGAGAAGUUCUACGAUUCGGUCAGGAUGAUGAGCUGUUUGUUGAAGCCGAUAGGAUUAUCAAAGAGUCAUUUAUCGAAAUGAGAAAUUUUGUGUCGUCAUGGAUGUACAUCGCGACCUGGGACAGAGUGGCCUUCUACAAUCCUGCUGAUCCCUCUAUCAGGAAUUCCUUUCAAGCUGUGAUUGUUACUGAUGGUCGAUACUCCUUCGCCAUCUUUAAUUACGGUGACAUCAACUGGACAACAGGAGAAGCCAGCGGUGGUGAUGGUAAUGGUCUCGGUGGUAUCCCUGCUCAGGUUGGAUUCAACGCUGGUGACGGAGUGACCUAUUACAGUGUCCCUGGAUCUCAGACAGCGGCCGUCGUCGAUAUCGAAACGACAUCGAACAUCGGUGUACCUGGGAGAUGGGUGUUCAGAACGGACAACUCCAACAUCGAAGGACUAGAAUGUACAACAUUUGGUAAAAUUACCUUGUUCCCUUUGGUCGGUUCAAUGCUUGGCGCAACUCAGGUACUCAUUAGCGGACCAUGCUUCAACGCAACCAGUCUGAUUGUCUGUGAUUUUGACGGAAUCGAAACUUUUGGAAGACUUCUGUCCGUCAAGACCGCCCUCUGCGUUUCGCCGACUUUUUACAAAGUAGGACGAAUUCCCCUACGGGUGUCUUUAGACGGCGGAAGGACCUUCCUGUUCAAAGGCACUUUCACAAUUAGACAAUGUAUUUCCCCGGUAACGGAAAGCAACCAAAGAGAAUCCGACUUCGAGAUCACGUGGGACACAGAAGCCCUCCAAAGCGUGACCGAAGUCGACAUCGUUGUCUACGGUUACCGAGAGGACAAUGGGGUCGAGUUCAGUGGACCUGUGAUCACAUUGGCUCAAGGAAUCAACUACCGCCUUGGUAUCCAAAGAGUAUCUGGGUUACCUUACGCUGAGAUUGAUUUCGAGAUUGGGGUCAUCGGGGUCAUCGAAUCUGGAGUUCACGUGACAAAUUCAAGCCAGGCUGCGCUCUGGAGCAAGGUCCAUGUUCUACAGUGGUACAAGGGAUAUGACACAGAGGAUUGGUGCCAAGAUUGGUGGGACGUGGAGGUGGAAAAUGACGAUUCUUUUCUUGACGUCACACCGCCGUGUCCAUGUACCUUUGACCAAGCCCAGCUAGAUAUCGGUAGGUUCAGUCCCCAUCCAGAGUGUGAUAUCGAUAUCUCGUCACCUAGCAACUGUAUCCACAAACCUGGAGCGACGCACUGCGUACGAGCCAACACGCCGAGCAAAAAACUGGGUGGACAGGCAUGCUGCUAUGAUAGUAAGGGAACGAUCAUCAAUGUCUUUGAUCUCCCAGGAGGGGGAUAUAGUCAUCGGCGCCACCACGGAGGCGUCCCACCCUAUGAGAAAAAUGGGAAGGUACCGUAUCUAUCGCACUACCUCACCGACAUGUUGCCGUGGACAUACUGCUGUCGCUUCGGUGAACAUGAUGAUCCCGAGUGCAAAAGCUUUGCAAGACUUCGACCAUCUCAAGUUUGUGACAACUACAAACCACCACCACCAGCACAGGGAAAUGGCGACCCACAUAUUGCAACUCUUGAUUCGACCAUGUACACAUUCAAUGGACAUGGUGAAUUCACGAUGAUGAACGCACUGAAUGGUACUUUCAUCUUACAAGCAAGAACAACACCUCUUAGUGGAAUCCCCGCAGCCACAGUAUUUGUUGCCAUGGCAGCACGUUAUGGUGACAGUGACGUAAUCCAUGUUCAAACCAAUGAGCGCAGGGUUCUUGAUGCUUAUGUCCGACUAGCCGGGGAUGGACAAAACUUCACAAGGAUUGACUUCGAUCAAGCUUCUCGAUGGGCUUUUACAGGUGUCUCUGUAACCGGUCGCAACAUUACCUCAGGUGGAAUUCUUAUAGCUUUCGACGGCGGGGUAGGACUGACGUUGAAAGCCUCAGAGGGGGCCAUGAGCAUUCUUCUUGUUGCCCCAGACUCCUUCCAGGGUCAAACGAAAGGCCUGAUGGGAACGUGGAAUGGUGAUGCUAAUGAUGACUUUCUCACUCCGCAGGGAUCUUUCCUCUCCCCUGGUUUGACUACUGAGCAGCUGCACGACCAGUUCGGGCUACAGUGGGAGAUCGAUGCUGCAGAAUCUUUGUUCUUCUACGAACUGGGCAACGACCAUGAAUCUCUUACCGACCGCGCUUACCGUCCCAUCUUUGAGCCGGUCACAAACCCUUUCGUAGACCAAACCCUGGUCGAACAGGUCUGCGGUACGAAUCAGUUCUGUAUCUUCGACUACCAGACAACGGGAUCGCAAAGUUUCGCCGAGAAUUCCGUGGAGGAAUUCGAACAGUUGGAAGAGGCCGUUGACAAUAGGGCUUCAUUUGUGAGCUGCCCAACUCUUUCCGCCCCUGCUAAUGGAAGUGCCAUCGUGACGACCUACACACCAGGAGGCGUGGCCAGGUUCGUAUGUGACCGCGGGUUUGAGCUGAGUCACGAGGCCAACCGGACCUGCCAAUCAAAUGGGACAUGGAGUGAUAGCGAUAUCCCGACAUGCAUUGCGGUGUUCGUGCAGACAACGACCGCGGCAUUUGUUUCCACCGAUGCAGCUACGUCAAGGGUAACCACUGAAGAUGUAAGAUCAUCUGCAUCUUCAUUCUCACGUUCGACUGAAUCACAGACUGCCUCGGCAGGAAGUACAGCUGGACCAACCACUCCUCUUAUCAACCCCGGGACUACUCCACUUAUCACUGAUACAAUAACCACUCAACCACGGGGAGAGACGGGAUCCACGGAAGGAUAUUAUACCGAAGAUCCAAAGACAUCUCCACAGUUGACGAGCACGACACUCCAAAAGAAGGGUGAUGAUGGUCUUCCCACCUGGUCGAUCGUUGUGAUAUCGAUCGGAUCGGUUGCGUUGAUCGCUGUCACCGGGCUUAUCAUAGGCCAUCUAUGUCACAAGAAAAGUGUGACACCUACAAAAAGCGAGGAGUUGGCUCAUCAAAAUCCUACGUUCGUUAAGGUUGAGUCGGGGUAAUCAUCAAAUCAACAUGUCUCUCAGUCCUUGCUGGAAUUUGAAAAAUACCUGCAAAUGAAUAAAAAUGAACACAAAGAAGUAGAUAAUUUUGCCCUCUUCCGUCCUGUGAAAGUUUAUUUUCUAUGGUGUAAUAUUGCUUUCAUAUCCGUCCAUCGAUGUCUUAAAAAAAAUUAUAUAUAAUAGCGAUUAACAUAGCGAAUAUUGAAAAAUUAUUUUUAACAGGCAUAUUACUUUCGCUUUGUCCGAAGAGGUAACUUGUAAAUUUAAGGAACAACGCAACAUUCAGAGAGGGUAAAAAAGCGUUUUACUUGUACCAUUUGAAAGAAUUGUUGAUAUCAAAUUACAUCGUUUCUGAUUGUCGUCUCAAGACUACACGUGUACAAAAAAAAUAGGCUCCAUGUAACCGUUUGACGCUGUAAUUUGUUCCGUUUCUAAUGUUCAUGCAAACAAAUAGUUUUGUUCCGUUUUGUACAAUCGUGCAAAGGUAUGGGGAAAAUGCGUCUAGUGAUUUUUGUAUGAAUAUAUGCAUAAUUUUGCUCUAAGCAGAGAUGGGCCAACUUAAAGGCAAAGACCAGAGUAUGACAGUAAAUAAUCUGUUGAUGAUUGUAUAGAAACAAUUAUGAUGAUGGGUUUAUGUACCUAUACAUAUGAUCGGGAAAAAUAGUGACCUUCUCGUAAUAAGCGAGUUCGUAAUUAGGAUUUGCGCAUGGGCAAAUAAAGGUCAUUCGGACCAAAAUCGUAAAACCAUUGAGACGAAUAAUUUUAUCAUGCUCAUGAAAGUUAUGUAAUCAGUAUUCAUUUAUGUACCGACAG